AAAAAACAAAAAAAGGGGGAGUCUGGAAGGUAGGAGAGCGGGAUUUUCUCAACAAAUCUGGCUGCCCAUAUUAAUUGCCUUUCUUUCUGACUUUCUGUGUAUUUCCUCUAUAUAACACUUUUGUCUUCUUUUUUUUCCCUUCAUUCACAGACGUCUCGCCCUUCCUUCUCUUUCAGACUUUUGGUCUUCUCCUCCACAAUCCAAGAAAAUUAAGUUGAAACCCUGUUCUUCCUUUUGUAUCCUUCUCUUCCUCCCUUUUCAUCCUGCACAUUCUUUGAUCCAGUUAACAUCAUUCUUUACAAAACAGGAUCUGGUUCCAUUUAUUUUUUCUCCAUUUUUGUUCAGCAGCCCAAGAAUCGGUAGCGUCGGAUAGACCUAUCACACUACAAGGCUUGAAAGUUGAAAGUCACGUUGCAACAACUGCAAGUAUUUUUUUGUGUUUCGUGUCUUCAUUAGCGAAGAAAUCAUAGUUUACUUGUUCAAGUGCAAAUUUUCAUCAACAUGGAUGCAUCAACGGCUUUGAUGAUCUUAUCAGCCAUAGCUGCUUAUUUAGUAUGGUUCAAGUUGAUCACACGGUCGCUCCAUGGUCCACGUGUCUGGCCUUUAUUGGGCAGCCUCCCGGGGCUCAUUCAGAACUCGAAUUGCAUGCAUGAGUGGAUCGCGGAAAAUCUCCGCGCGUGUGGCGGCACGUAUCAGACAUGCAUCUCCGCAAUUCCAUUUUUAGCCCGGAAGCAAGGUCUCGUGACCGUCACGUGCGAUCCCAAGAACUUGGAGCAUAUUUUGAAGGGCCGGUUCGAUAAUUACCCCAAGGGACCUAAUUGGCAGGCUGUGUUUCAUGAUUUGCUGGGUGAUGGGAUCUUCAAUUCCGAUGGUGACACGUGGCUGUUCCAGCGUAAGACUGCCGCUCUGGAAUUCACCACCCGGACUCUGCGCCAAGCCAUGGCAAGGUGGGUUAGCCGGGCCAUCAAGCACCGAUUUUGCCCAAUUCUCGAGACGGCUCAGCUCCAAGGGAAGCCGGUUGAUCUUCAAGACCUCUUGCUCCGGCUCACCUUCGAUAACAUAUGCGGCUUGACCUUUGGCAAGGACCCUCAAACACUAUCUCCUGGCCUUCCUGAGAACGGCUUCGCAAUGGCUUUUGAUCGAGCCACCGAAGCCACGCUUCAACGCUUUAUUUUGCCUGAAAUCAUAUGGAAGCUAAAGAAAUGGUUUCGGCUUGGGAUGGAAGUCAAGUUGAGUCAAAGCCUUGAACACAUGGAUAAAUUCUUAUCCGACAUCAUUAAUACACGUAAGCUUGAAUUGGUGAGUCAGAGACAAGGUGGGACCCCACAUGAUGACUUGUUGUCCCGUUUCAUGAAGAAAAAAGAAGCCUACUCUGACGAAUUCCUCCAAAAUGUGGCUCUCAACUUCAUCCUAGCUGGACGUGACACGUCAUCGGUUGCACUGUGUUGGUUCUUUUGGUUGGUCAUCCAAAAUCCAAGAGUGGAAGAGAAAAUCCUCAUCGAAAUUUGCACUGUUCUGGUGGAGACACGUGGCGCUGACACUUCCAAAUGGGUGGAUGAACCCCUAGCGUUUGAAGAAGUUGACCGAUUGAUAUACCUUAAGGCAGCACUUUCCGAGACGUUAAGACUCUACCCGUCAGUGCCACAAGACUCAAAGCAUGUAAUUGCUGACGAUGUCUUGCCCAGUGGAACAUUUGUCCCCUCGGGAUCAAACGUGACAUACUCGAUAUAUUCAAUUGGUCGAAUGAAAUUUAUCUGGGGUGAAGAUUGCCUAGAUUUCAAGCCAGAAAGAUGGCUAUCCGAAGAUGGCAACAAAUAUGAGGCAAAAGAUUCAUACAAAUUUCUUGCAUUUAACGCCGGUCCCAGAAUUUGUUUAGGAAAGGAUUUAGCUUAUUUGCAGAUGAAAUCGAUAGCCACCGCGGUGCUGCUGCGACACCGGCUCACCAUCAUGGCAGGCCACCGGGUGGAGCAGAAAAUGUCACUAACAUUGUUCAUGAAAUAUGGGCUCCUGGUGGACGUGCACCCAAGAAAUCUGAAGCCUGUCCUGGAAAAGAUAUGCAAAGCAAGUGAAAGCUCUUCUCCCAAAGGGAACCACGAGGAAUUAGCCGCAGCAGCUGGAGUGGCAUAAGGGUAUGCUUGAAUUUUGAUGGAAAAUUUGUGAAUAUAUGCAUUGCUGGAUGAAGAAGGGAGUAAGAAUUAAGAUGGUAUUAUUAUUACCUUUAUUUUAAGUCAUCUAUAGAUGCAACUGAAAAAAAAAAAAAAAAACUGAAAAGCCAAUUAUACAUUACAAUAACCUCCCCAGGAUUGAAAUUUGUAGAAUUGGAGAAAUGAUAAAACAGUCAUUUGCUUCAGUUG